AUGCCAGGUGCUGCAGCCUCGUCCUUGGAGCAGCGCCUUGCGCAACUGGUGAAGCGCUUUGAUGUGAUCGAGUCCGGCUUGAAGGACUUGCAGCAGCAGCUGCUGCUGCGGCACGCCGCCCCUGAUGGAGCCGCUGCCGGUGCAGCCUCCUCGGACGCGUCGUUCUGCGGUGCAAGCAGCGCUGUCAAGGCACCAGCGGACCUGUCGGCGCUGCAGCCCGACCCAAAGGAUCCCCUGGAGGUGGCGAAGCUGCGGCGCCAUUGUCUGGACAGCGGGCUGCACUCCACCGAGUUCAUGUGGGUGCCGUCGAACUACUAUCAGGAGAACCUGCAGUGGCGGCGCGACGCCCUGCACGCGCCGAGCAUUCGUCACCUGUGCAAGACGAUCUUGAUGGAGAACACACAUUGCACGAACAAGGACUGCGCGGACCGCAACAACUCGCGCUACUACCUUGUCGUGUACCAGUACGUGGACCGCUUCAACUCCGACAUGGUCGGCCGCGCGAUCCAAGAGCUGAACCCCGGCGUGGGAAAGAAAAAAUUUAACUUCCGGCUCGCUGAUCCGGCAGAGGCGGAGAGGCUGACGGGGGUGUGCAGUGGCGCCGUUGCCCCGUUCGGCACUGCUAUCCCGAUUCCAGUGAUCCUGAGCGUCGGUGUUACACAGCUGGCACCACCGAUCUUCUACGUUGGCGGUGGCCACGUGGACUGCAAGUGUCGGCUCGACACGGCGGAGUUCAUCCGGGUGUCAGACGUGAUUGUGGCUCCUAUCAGCGUGCCUCUAACGGAUGAGGAGCUUGAGCAGAUCGCGGACUAA